AUGAACACGUCAGGAAUGGCUACAUGCAAGGCGGUAUACAAGUCCGGAAUGGCUACGAACGAGUCAAAAACGAUUGACAACGAGGCUAUGAACGGGUCAGAAACGACUGCGAACGAGGCUAUGGACUGCUUAAAAACGACUAUCAACAGGGUCAAUCGCGCCAACAAAGGGACCAAGAACGGUAGUGAACGGCAAUUGAACGUAUCAAUUGAAAAUCAGAAAAUAGUGCAACAUGUAUUAAGAGAAACACAAGACACUAUGAAUAGACAUUGUGCUUCCGCUACUGAAAUUAAUGAUGAAAAUAACUUUUCCUGGAAUGAAAAAGCUAUCCUUUUAAUGCUGGAAGAGUACAAAAAAAGGGCUGAACGCUUUAGAAAUCCUAAAAGCAAGAAAAAGCAACUUUGGCAAGAAAUAUCUGACGAGAUGACAAAAUAUGGAUAUAAAGUUGAUGCAGAUGUAAUAGAUAAAAAAUUUAGGAAUAUGAAGACAAGAUAUUUAAUUAUAAAAGAUAAUAAUGAUAAGAAGAAAACAACAGGAACUGGUAGAAUUUCCUGGGCUUAUUUUGAUAUUAUGUCUGAAAUUUUUUUCGAUGAUAGGACAGUAAACCCAAAUUUCGUAAUAGCAUCAACUGUACUUUCGAAUAAUAAUAACAAUAAUAAGAACGAAACUGAAGAAAUUACUACAUCUGAAAACAUUCCCGAGAAUGAAAGUAUUGAAGAAAACGACAAUAUGUCAUCUACUUCUACUAGUUCAAGUGUUAGGUCAAAUAUUUUUAAAAAGAGUAUACAAAAUAAAAAGAUAUAUGGAAAAAGAAAUAAGCCUAUAGAUAAUUACAGAAAAAAAUGUAUAGACAUCGAAGAAGAUCGAAUUAAAGAAUUAAGAAAGUUAAGAGAAACUGUAGAAAAUAAUAAUACAAUACAAAGAGAAAAACUGGAGAUGUUAAAGCAGUACUUAUUAAUUCAACAAGGAAAAUCAUAA